AAGAUCAAUUCCUGGCUGCCUGAGCUGGACAACGGUUCCCAAAGUUGCUGAGCAGAGCUUCCCCCUGCACACAGAGCUUGGUACAGUCCAGAGUUGUCAAGUUCACAGCAGCAGUCUCUGCCUCAACUGGGAAAGUUUCCUGUGACUCUGCCGACUGUCCAGACCAGACAUUUCCUAAACCAGCUGGAAAUCGAAAUCAUGCUUGCUGUGGUGAAACCUUUUAAAGGCCAGAAGUACCACGAGCUGAAGCAGGCGUGUCUCCGAGAGCACCGGCUCUUUGAGGACCCCGAGUUCCUCGCUGGGGAUGAGUCCCUCUUCUUCAGCCGCCACCUACCAGGCCCAGUGGAAUGGAAGCGGCCCAAGGACAUCUGCGACAACCCGCACCUGUUUGUGGGCGGAAUCAGCUCCCACGACUUACACCAGGGCAAGCUGGGGAAUUGCUGGUUCGUAGCAGCCUGUUCUUGUCUGGCCCUCCAGGAACGUCUCUGGAAAAAGGUGAUUCCCAAGGCAAAGGAGCAAGACUGGGACUCCCAAAGGCCUGAGAGAUACGCCGGGAUCUUCCACUUCCGCUUCUGGCACUUCGGUGACUGGACGGACGUGGUGAUAGACGACCGCCUGCCCACCAUCAAUGGGGAGCUGAUUUUCUGCCACUCCAAUGUGCCCAACGAAUUCUGGAGUGCCCUGCUGGAGAAGGCCUAUGCAAAGCUAGUUGGCUGUUACGAGGCUCUGGAUGGCGGGAAUACCGCAGAUGCCAUCACAGACUUCACGGGGGCCGUGUCUGAAUCCAUCGACCUGAGGAAGGGCAAUUAUGGCAAGUUCCUCCUGGAGCAGACCAAACUCUUUGAGGAUCUGCUCAAGGCCCACAACAGAGGAGGCCUCAUCAGCUGCUCCAUCCUGCCUGACAUGGCCAAUGAGCGACAAGGAACCACUGAGCAGGGUCUAGUGAGGGGCCAUGCCUACUCAGUAACUGACAUCCGCAAGCUGUGCCUUGGAGGACGACUCCUGGCUUUCUUCAAGGCCGAAAAGCUAUUCAUGAUCCGGAUGAGGAACCCAUGGGGAAAGCGGGAGUGGAAUGGGCCCUGGAGUGACAGCUCUGAGGAGUGGCAACGAGUGAGCGAGGUGGAGAGGAAGAACAUGGGACUCAAUGUGACAGAUGACGGAGAGUUCUGGAUGGCCUUUGAUGACUGGUGUAACAAUUUCACCGAUGUGGACAUCUGCCGUAAUCUGAACACCUCCAUCUUCACCAUCCACAAGACCUGGGAGAAGGCCACAGUGCACGGAGCUUGGCUUCAUGAUGAGGACCCUCUGAUCAAUCGGGCUGGAGGCUGCUUCAACAACCGCACUACAUUCCUGCAGAACCCCCAGUAUGUCUUCAACAUCAAUAAGGAAGAGGACAAAGCCCUUAUUUCCCUGCAGCAGCGUGAUCAGCGCCCUUAUCGCAAGGAUGGCAGGGGAGAAAACUACAUCAUUGGCUUUGAGAUCUUCCGGGUGGAGCUGAAUCGGGAAUACCGCCUCCAUCAGCUGCAGGUCCAGGAGAGGGUGGUGGGCUCCACCUACAUGGACUCCCGCACGGUGUUUCUGCGAACCACCCUGAAGAAGGGCCGCUAUGUCAUCAUCCCCACCCUGUUCCAGCCUGGCGACAUCAGCGAAUUCAUCCUAAGGCUCUUCACCGAUGUUCCCUCGGAGCUCAGGGAACUGACGCUGGACAAGCCCGAGCCCGGCUGUGGGAGCUUCCUGUGCGGCUAUCCCCAGCGAGUCACCCAGCUGAGCGUUCACAGCGUGGAGGGACUAGACAGACAGAACGGCUCCAGAAGUGCCAACCCUUACCUCGUCAUCAAGUGUGGGAGGGAAAGCAUCCGAUCCCCUGUCCAGAGGGAGACCUUCGAUGCUGGUUUUGCCACCCAGGCUAUAUUCUACCGCAGGAAUCUCAAGGAGCCCAUUGUGGUACAGGUCUGGAACAAAAAGCUCCUGUGUGACCAGUUCCUGGGACAAGUGACCCUGGUAGGUGAGCCAAGUGACUCUCGGGAGCUGAGGACCCUCCAGCUUCGGGAUAAGGGUGCUCCAGAUGCCCCACCUGUGACCGGGCACCUCAGCCUCAAGGUGGUAUCCACUGACAACAUCAUGGAGCUCUGAAAGCCUGGCUCCAGCCUCCCUCUGGCACCGUCCCUGGCAGAGUCCUCUGCUUUCUUUGUUGAGGGCCAGGGGGAGGAGAGAUGGGGGGAGGGGGAAGGGGAGGGGAAGGGGGGAAGACUCCAGGCCCUGUUCUGCUGAGCAGGUGGAAGCCCCCUGAGCUAAGCUCGCUGAUCAGCUACAAUUUCCUCACUCCGUGGGCCAGGCCCACCUGGCCUUGUCCUGGUGAUUAAGGCAGUAGCCAGGGCAGGGCAGGCCUCAGGGCUCCCCAUAGUGUUGGGGGAUGAAACCCACACUAACCUAGCUCCCAUCCUUCUGGCACUAACAAAGCUUGCUUCGAAACCGCCCUGCAAGGUAGAGAACCAGAAAGUACUAUCAUGACCAUUCACGAAAGGAAAGAAAGGAGGCCCAGAAAAUGGGGGCCCCUGUGCCAAGGCACAGUGGGCCAGAGAUAGCAGGAGCUCCUCCAAGGCUUUGGGGGGCACAUAGGAAGGAGGGGGAUGGGAAAUGAUAGUAAUAACUGACAUUUAUAUAGGGCUUCCAAUGCGCAGUGACAGGGCUUCUCACCACCCCCACGUCAUGGUAGUCCUCAUCAGCACCAUGUUACAGACGAGGUAGCUGAGGCCGAGAAAGGUGAAGUGAUUUGCCCAGGGUCAGAGGCAGAAUCAGAGGCCAGGUCUUGCUGGCUCCCACUCAGGUCCUCUGGCCUCUGGGCCAGCUGCCACCUAGGAGCAGAGCUCAGCUGGGCCUCACUGAGGUGGGAACCCUUCAGGGGACCUUCGGGAGGCAGCUUUGGCAAGCAGGAAAGAGCCUGGAGUUGGGAGUCUGGAGGCCAGCUACAGCUACUUAUUUGCUAUGUGACAUCAAGCAAGUCAUUUCUUGGGAGGAAAACACUAGGCCCAGAGUCAGAGGCCCUCUGGGGAACCUCUGGCUCCCUCACAUCCAACCAUGGGAACGUGGCCCAACUCCUUCCCCACUCAGGACCUCAGUUUGCCACCUCUGUACGGUGGAGAACCCUUUGACCCAGCAUCCCUUGAGUGAGAAAACUCGAGGACAAGCAGUGAUGCCCAGAACUUGCUAGGGCACUGUAUGAGGUGGGCAUCACCUUACAGUGGCUCAGCCAAUGGAGAGCUGGCACUAGGCAGGCCCAAAGCCACCAUGCUGCCAUGGCCACUUGGGUCACCUGGGGGUGGGAGGGUGGGGAUGGCCCUGUAUUUGUAAAAUCGCUUUAAUCUCUCUUUAUCUUGUAGGCCCUGGGUUGUGGGAGGGGAGGAGGGACAGUGGGACCCAGUCACUGGUAGUCAGGGUCUGGUAUCUAGUCCUGCAUUAUUCAGGGUCCCCCACACAUCAUGGAUCCUGGGCUCUGAGGCUUUGGAGCCAGAGGGGGCCCCUGCUGGCCUGUCCCUCAUCGUCCUUCCAUCCAGACUCACCUCUUUCUCCUCAAUCCCAGGCAAUGCUUCCCUGUACUAUCCUGCCCUGCUUUCAAUAAAAACCUAUCAACUCCUUCA